AUGCUCGUGCGUGGUGGGUGCUCCUUGGCGAUGAAUAGGAAUCUCAUUGAAUCCGUUGUGAUAGUGUUCUUGGCUUCGAUGAUUAAUUCAAUCCCGUUCCGGUGGUCCUCCGGUGUGACGUACAGGCGCCGAAUGGAUGAAGACAACCUUCACGCGACGCUGGGCAAGAGAUCUUGUCAUCAAGAACUUAUUUGUCCCGAAUAG